AUGGCAGAAAGAGAAUCACUUAAUAGUCAAUUAGAACAUUUACAAGCUAGAUAUGUUGGUACUGGUCAUUCUGAUAUUUCAAAAUAUGAAUGGUUAACAAAUCAACAUCGUGAUAGUAUUUCAUCAUAUGUUGGACAUGCACCUUUACUCAGUCUGUUUGCAGUGGUAGAGAAUGAAUCAAUUGGAAAGGUUAGAUAUAAUCUAUUGGAAAAGAUGAUUCAACCAUGUGGUCCAUCUCCUGCUCACAAGGAUAAGAAAGAUAUUGUUAUGAGAGGUAUCACAAUCAAUUAA